CCCGAAUGUGACAUGGCGUCUGAGAAGGAAGUUUGCUGUUAAAUAGACGUUCAUGUUGUUUUUAUGACAUUAAAUCAACAAGAAGGCUGCAAUAGGAGCCGCACAUCUUUUAUAGACACUUGCAUUGAUGGUAAUGCAUGCAAGGAAACCUCAGAGGAUUAACGAUGGGUACUUCGAAAAACACCAAGCCCAUCCAUAUCAGAAUUCAAAAUACAGCAGUUCAAAAGGAAACUAUGAUGGACGUUAUAACCAUGAAAGAAUGCGAGACUCGCCCAAUGGAAAUUCCUAUCGAUCGGACAGUCCAGAUUCACAAAGCCCACGGGAAAGAAACUAUCAAACUAAGAGUUCAUAUUUGCAGAAAAUUCGUGAGAAGGAGAGAGAAGACAGAGACUAUAAAUCCAGAGAGAAAUAUUCUGACUGCGCAAGAUCACCAAAAGAUAAGCGGAGUCGGGAGAGCCGAGAUUCAGAACAUAGGACAAAUCACGACAGGAGUAGCACAGAAAAAAUUAUUCUUCACCCUAUUAAAUUAACAGCGCAGAAUGCAUCAUCUCGGGAAUCACAGCGGAAGCCUCUUCACAAUUCUUGUCAAGAAAAACGCGAGGAAAGGGACCGUAUUGCUCGGGUGGGAGACUGGUCAGAACACAUCAGUUCAUCAGGGAAGAAGUACUAUUACAAUUGCAAGACAGAGGUGUCACAAUGGGAGAAACCUCAGGAGUGGAUGGAACGUGAGCGCAUUAGAGAUAAGGCCAGAGACAGGGAAGUUGAUAGAAACUAUAGCAGCAGUUCCAGUCGUUCCUCACAUGAUAAACAUUCCAACUCUCGGCCCUCAAUAAGUAAUUCGAGGGAUCCCGCACCAAAGUCAGCAUCUUCACGCCAGACAGACAAAAGGGAUGUGUACUGGAACAGCCAGUCCAGCAGCAGCCGGGAUGAGACUGAUGUGCAUGAUCGGAGAAAACAUCUUGAUGGAGAGUCUCAGGCACAAGACAUGGACAUCUCCCCAGGUGACAGCACGCCAACAUCAGAAACAUCAUAUACACACACACCCACCAGCAGAGGAACAUCCCACCAACAGCAGCAGCCAGCACCCCAAACUCAGCCACAAGCACAGCAGCAGCAGCAGACACAAGCUCAGGUGUCAGAGCAUCACAAAUCCAACACAACGGGACCAGUGUUGCUUGCAAAUGCCCUUCCACAUCUAAUAUCUCAUCCUCACAUCUCCACUCCCACUAGCACUGCUUCCUUAGCUCCAGGCAGGAACCUAUACCAGCCAUCUGGUAAGUCCAGUACUCAGCAAAUCCCAUCGCCUGUCCAACAGUCCUCAGCAUCUUCAACUCCUUCCAUGGUCCCUGCACCACUUCAGGGUUCUGUAGCUGCAACAGGCCCUCCUGUGUCCCUGGCCAACUUAUCACGUCUGCUUUCUCAGAUUACGGGUGCCAAGAAUCUGGAACAGCCAGAAUUAUCCCCUCAGAAAGCCCUACAGACCAAUCAGACAGCCCUGCUUCUUUCAAGACAGGUGUCCCUUGAACCAGGAACUGUAGGAACAGGGGGAGGAGGAGGGAGUACUGGUCUUAAUAACCAACAUCCUUCCCAACCAUUGCAACCGCUGAAAGUGGACACAACUAACAACACAUCAAUAGGAGAGGGCCCUCCCACACCAACACACUCAGAAAGUCAGGACUGCGUGGAUGCAAGAAAAUUGUCAAGCCCACCCAGCAAUUUGAGUUCACUGCAGAACCUUGCCCAAGCUGGAGUUGGUAGUUGUAGCUCGCUUCACGCGCUGCGUCCACAAGGUCCACAUCUCACUCCCACUUUGGCCAACCACUACCGAGAUGACCUUGUAAAUCACGUACGUGGCUGGCCUGCAGACACCUUAGAGAAACAGGCCCAGAAAUUGAGUGAGGAGGGUCAUACAAUGGGAAGCCUCCAGUGUACUCGGGUGUCUGCUGAUUUGAAGACAGCACGAUCAAUUGUUAGGUUAACUGAAAUUCAAGCAACUUUACAGGAACAGAGGAUACUUUUUCUACGCCAACAAAUCAAGACGUUAGAAGAAUUGAAAUCCCAAAAUUCCUUUAUGUCUGAUGAUUCAUAGUGCUAGGAUUCAAGCACAUGAUAGCAGUAUGUGUUGGAACUGAGCAAUCGAAUGAGUGAGUGGGAGGGCCAGGAAGUUAUUUGGUAUGUGAAGAUGCAGUGGUGAGGAGUGACAUCCCCUCAGCAUAUACACCUCCUAACUACUGCAUAGUUAUUUGUUGUUCUUGCAGGGAAAGUGGUAUUUGGAGUCACUGUGUUGAUCUGAAACUGACUGCAGUGCGUGUCAUUCUUGCUCUUUAUGUGUUUACUGUAUUGGCAAAGUGGGGUGGGCCAGCAUUUUAAUUAUUUUUUGUAAAGGAAUUAGGAUCAUGUAUUUAAGCAUCGUGUACCUUUCAUAGGUUACAGACAUCAGUGGCAGUGAACACUUCUAUGUGGAUGCCAUGUUCCUUUACAAAAAGAUGAAUAAUUUAAUAGCUUACAGAUCUCCAAGAUAAAUUUUUGUUAUGAAAUACGAUUUCAAGACGAGUUGCUACAGCCCUGUGCUGUAGUACAAUGACGGAAGAAGGGACUUGGGAGUAAGCAAAGAAUGUAAAAUAUUCCUUUAUUUUGCACAUUAAGUGGUUUAAUUUCCAGUGCUGAUUCAUGUUGUAUUGUCACUUGCAAACUGAUGAUUUGGGGGUGUCAUUCCUAGGCCAAGACUGAUACUCCUAACGUUGGUUGGGAAAUGACAAAAUUUCAUGGCUCAGAUAGCUUUUUGUACAUAUUACUAAAAUAAUUAUUAUUGAAUGGGCUUCUCAAGAUUCUUGCUGAAUUCCUAAAUGUGUUUCAGAUGUGUGGAUGUGCCCUGCAGGGAUGAUGUUCAGCAAUGUACAUACAUACAGAAUACAAUACAUAAAUAUGUAUUUUGGUAUAGAUUUUUUUUAUUUAAAUCAUUUUGUCAUGGGGUUUGUAGUAGGAGCAUAGCGGGGUACACUACUUUGUGUCAGAUUUAUUUAUGUCUCAGAUGUCAUUCUUGAGAAGCCCAUCAUUUUCAAGUUAGUAUAACAAAAGAGUAUUGUUGAAGAAAUAAAAAAGAAAGAAAAGAGGAAGCUAUUUCAACUUUUAUCACCUAUUUGUCAGUAGAUUUCAAUUUGGAGGGUUAAAAAGAAAAUUUCUUUUUGUGCCAGUACUAAUGGCAUUUGUCUUGUAUUUUUGCCUGUACAGUUUCAAAAUUUAUUUUAAAAAAUUACAGUCUUAGAUGCGUGCUGCGGAUUUUGUCAACCCCCUUGUCCUGAGUGCACUAGUUAAUGUGUCAAAGCACAAGUUCUGUCAUACCUUGUGCAAUGAGGCUACUCCACAAAUUGUGUGAAUGGACGAUAAAUUUCUUGCAUCAUUUCCAGAAAGACUAUUUCAUACAUGUAUGUUAGUCUGUUGUAUUUAAACUACUAGGUGCAGUAACAGUGUUUCAUGCUAUAGUUGUAAGGAAUGUGUAUUCAGUGCAAGGGGUAGCUAAAUAAACCAUCUUUCACUUCAA